CCGUGGAGCGGGUCCUGGCGCGGUACAACGAGGAGAAUCGGGCCAUUUUCAGAUUUGAUCCAGGAGAUGAAGACAAAAGAAGGAAACUGUGUGAGGGAAUUCUAAACAUCCUUGAAAAAGACACAAAAACUUCAUGUCAAGUUGCCUGCCUGGAGGCCCUCCGGAUUCUUUCCAGGGACAAGAAGGUUUUAGUGCCUGUAACCACGAAGAGGAACAUGCAGAUCCUUAUGAGGCUAGCAAAGCUGGACACUGUGGAAGAUCCUUUGGAGAGAGUGUCUGAAUUUCCUGUUAUAGUAGAAGCUUUAAAAUGCCUCUGUAACAUAAUUUUUAAUAGUGCUGUUGCACAGAAGCUCAGUUUGGAACUGAAUCUUGCAGCUAUGCUCUGCAAUCUUCUGGAAAAAUGCAAGGACCGGCAGUUCGUUGAUGACAUUAAAUGCUUUGAUUUGCGUCUCCUGUUCCUCUUGUCGCUUCUGCACACAGAUAUUAGAUCGCAGUUGCGUCAGGAACUACAAGGAGUGCAAGUUUUGACUCAGGCUUUGGAAAGUUCCCUGAGUGUGAGAUGGACAGAAGAAUAUAAAGCAGUGGAAGAUCGUGACAGGCCUCCUCUAUCUUUGCAAGAGACAGAUUGUGCCAUUGAGGCACUAAAGGCUCUUUUUAAUGUAACACUUGACAGUUGGAAUGUCCACAGCAAGAGUGAAUCUCAUCAAUUUCGUUACAUGGCUGCCAUCCUUCGACACUGCUUAUUAACCACGGGCCCUACUGAAGACAAAACUGAAGAGUUGCACAGCAAUGCAAUCAACCUCUUAAGCAAUGUUCCCGUUUCUUGCUUGGAUGUUCUUAUUAGUCCAUCAUCCCAGGAGGAAACAGAUAUAAAAUACAAUGGUAUGAAUAUGAGAGCAAUUCAAAUUUUACUGGAUUUCAUGGAGAAGAGAAUAGACAAGGGAAGCAGCUACAGAGAAGGUCUGACUCCAGUUCUCAGUUUAUUAACUGAAUGCUGCCGAACUCAUAGGAAUAUCAGGAAGUUUAUCAAAGCUCAGGUAUUGCCUCCAUUAAGAGAUGUAUCAAAUCGUCCAGAAGUUGGCACAACAGUGAGAAACAAGCUUGUGCGCCUUAUGACACAUGUUGACCUUGGAGUAAAGCAAAUUGCAGCAGAAUUUCUUUUUGUUCUUUGUAAAGAGAGAGUUGACAGCUUGUUAAAAUAUACUGGCUAUGGUAAUGCGGCAGGAUUGCUGGCAGCAAGGGGCCUGUUGGCAGGAGGAAGAGGAGAUCAUUGGUACUCAGAUGAUGAAGAUACAGAUACAGAAGAAUACAAAUCUGCAAAGCCAAACAUUAACCUUAUCACUGGUCACUUAGAAGAACCAAUGCCCAAUCCGAUGGAUGAAAUGACAGAAGAACAAAAAGAAUAUGAAGCUAUGAAGCUUGUCAACAUGUUUGAUAAACUUUCCAGAGAUGAGCUUAUAAAACCAAUGGGAGUGCGGCCGGAUGGUACAAUGGCUCCUUUGGAAGAAGCAGUCAGCCAGUACCAUACCAACAAGCAAGACAGUUCAGAUUCAGACUAAAGCAUCACCUGCUUCACUCCCAAUUCUCCUCUAAUCCACAUUUUUCCUUGGAGCCACGACAUCUUGUAUCUAGGCAUUUUAUCCUCACAUUAGCCAGCAUCAAUUUAACUGUUCUAUUAUUGGGAUGAUGCAUCCUGUAGUGUAAUGUCUGAAUUUUUAUUAUGUCUGUUUAAAGAACAUAUCAAUUUAUUAGUUUAUGAUCUUUAUUAAUUUAAAACUAAAUGUAUUUCAAAGGGAUACAAAGUGAAAGCCUACAAUGUAAAAUAAAAUACAUUUUAAUUUUCCAGAAUCCUGCUUUCUGACUCUGUAGGUUUUCCCAUUCUUGAUUUUUU